CUCACUCGAGCGUGCCGGAGACUCGAUUGUGGGCGUGGAAUGCUUGAUGACGGAGGGAAGAAUGCAUGACGUCAAACUUCACUACAACGGUAUAUGAGCUGGCAUCGACCCUUUUCGAAGGCUGGUGCGUCGUGGAUGGGAUUGGGAACAUGCCUGGACUGAGACGGACAAGAUGCAUGGCUGGCGCGGCUCCCUUGACAACCACCCAUGAGACGCAGAAAUUGACAUUUUUUCUUCUCCCCCCAUCUUUUGCGAAGAAGAUCUGUCAAUAUGUCGAAUGCACCGGACAGAUUCGCCCUUUUCAUGCUCCUUCCAGGCGAGAAAAGGGUCGAGAUCAAAGAAGACACCCGAAUUCCCAACGCAGUCACAGUCACACUGCACAAGGAGGACCAUACGUUAGGGAACAUGAUUAGGCAAGCUGUCCUCUCCCAGCCGGGCAUCAUGUUCUGCGGUUACAAGGUUCCGCAUCCGCUGGAGCCACGUGUGCAGAUCCGCAUCCAAACCAACGGCGAGCAGACGCCCGUGCAAGUCCUACAGACAGCCUGCGAGAAACUCAUCACCCAGAUUGACGACGUCCGCACGCAAUUCAAGCAGCAGGUCCUUGCCCAGACCGGUGGCUUGGGCAGCGGCGCCGCUGUUGCUGGCAUCCCACCAGCGGCCCGUGGUGCACCGAUGGGUGCGGGCUAUGGGCGCCCACAAGCACAAAUGCCAAUACAGUACGGUGGGGCGCCGUAUGGCGUCUCACCCGUAGGCGUUGGAUACCAGCCUGGGCGCACAGACAGAGCCGGCGGUGACUACCUUGCCGAUUAAGCCGUGGUGCUUUCGCAUUUCACCAUUCUGUGGCGACGAAUGGAUUCACGCGAACGCGUAGGUGAAAGAAUUAGUAGCGCAGUUGCAUUUGUUCCACACAAGUAUCAGCAUUGAAGGUCCAUUUGUAUUUUUAUGCGUGUAUGCAAGAACG